GACCCUAACCCUAACCCAGGGUUUUGGACCGUGCGGAGCGGCAUUACGGCGCUGGUCCUGCUGUGGGGCGGCCCUGCUGGCUCAGUGGGAGGAGGAGAGUCAGGCAGUCAGGAGGAGGACGGGAGUCCCAGCGGCACUUGGGGAGAACCAGGCGGGGGGAAAAGUGCGUCCGAACCGGGAGAAGUCACACGGAGGUGUCCGCCAUGAGUUGGGGAACGGAGCUCUGGGACCAGUUUGAGAAUCUGGACAAACACACUCAGUGGGGGAUUGACUUCCUUGAGCGCUAUGCAAAGUUUGUUAAGGAGAGGCUGGACGUAGAGCAGAACUAUGCCAAGCAGCUACGGAAUCUGGUGAAGAAAUACUGUCCAAAACGUUCAAAAGAUGAAGAGCCAAGGUUCACGUCGUGUCUGUCGUUCUACUCCAUUCUGGGCGAGCUCAACGACUACGCCGGCCAGAGGGAGGUGGUGGCGGAGGAAAUGUCCCACAAGGUUUACAACGAGCUGAUGAGGUACAGCCAGGAGCUGAAAGCCGAGCGGAAACACCACCUACAGGAAGGAAGGAAGGCUCAGCAGUCUUUGGAUCACUGCUGGAAACAGAUGGACAACAGUAAAAAGAAGUUUGAGAGGGAGUGCAGAGAAGCAGAGAAAGCGCAGAUCACCUACGACCGGCUCGAUAACGACAUCAACGCCACCAAGUCAGAGGUGGAGAAGGCUAAAGCCCAGCUAUACAUGCGGACUCACAUGGCGGAUGAGAGUAAAAACGAAUAUGCAGCUCAGCUCCAGAACUUCAACGGAGAGCAGUGGAAACAUUUUAAUAACUCCAUACCACAAAUCUUCAAGAAUCUCCAAGGCAUGGACGAACGGCGAACGGUAAAACUCGGUGAAACGUAUCGAAGCUUCGCGGAGGCCGAGCGAAGAGUCAUUCCCAUCAUCACCAAAUGUCUGGAUGGGAUGGUUUCUGCUGCCAAGGCCGUCGACGAGCGGCGGGACUCGGCUAUCGUGGUGGAGUCGUUUAAAUCCGGCUUCGAACCACCGGGACACUUUCCGUUUGAGGACUUCAGUCAGAACUUGAGCAGGACGGGUUCGGACGGGACCAUCAGCAACGCUCCGAAAGGCGAGAGAGAGCUGGCUCCGGUGCCGCGCUCCGAAGCAAAACACACGAUAAGCAGGGGCAAGAAUAAACUCUGGCUGUUUGGGAAGAAACCAAAGGUUCCGUCUCUGGAGGAUUUCAGCCACUUGCCUCCUGAGCAGAGGAGAAAGCGGUUGCAGCAGAAGAUCGACGAACUGAACCGGGAGCUGCAGAAGGAAACGGAUCAGAGGGACGCCUUGAACAAGAUGAAGGACGUGUACGAGAAGAACCCGCAGAUGGGCGAUCCCAACAGCCUGCAGCCCAAAAUCUCUGAGACCAACUGCAACAUCCAGAAGCUGCGAUCAGAAAUACACAAAAAUGAGACGUGGCUGUCGGAGGUGGAGGGGAAGCAGAGCUCCAGAGGAGACCGACGACACAGCGCAGACAACCACCAUCACACGCCUCACGGCAGGGAGAGCCCCGAGGGCAGCUACAACGACGACACCAGCCAGGAGCAUCAGACGCCGCAUCAGACGCCGCAGCACCGCCCCGCGCAGCCGGCACAACCCAACCACGACCCGCACGAGUUCGACGACGAGUUCGACGACGACGACCCGCUGCCCGUCAUCGGCCACUGCAAGGCGCUCUACUCCUUCCACGGUCAGAAUGAGGGGACGCUGACGAUGGCAGAGGAUGAGGUGCUGUACAUCAUCGAAGAGGACAAAGGCGACGGCUGGACGCGGGCGAGGAAGCAGAGCGGCGAGGAAGGCUACAUUCCCACUUCCUACGUAGAAAUCACCAUCGAGAAAAACAGCAAAGGUGCCGUGACGUACAUCUGAGGCGCCGCCGCCUCCUGUCUGUCAUUGCCUCCAUGUUUGCCUUUUAGCGUCAGCUUGACGCCGCGGCAUCCAAACGCCGUCCGUCCCCAGGACCGGUGCUGGGAGGGGAAACCGGGACAAACCUGCUGAGCUCAGAAUCAAUCAGAUUAUUUUACUCAACUUUAUGUAACAUAUUAGAAACUUUUUAUUUAAUUUUUUUGGAUGAAACAAUCAAACUCCAUGAUUUUAAGCUCUUUUUGUGGGUUUUUUGUGCAUUUUUGCACUUUUUUUUUGUUGUUUGUGCCAUCCUGUCGGUUUGUCUUCAUUAAUGCCGUUUUUAUGCACAAAAGUUCAUUUCAUGCAGUUUUUUAAGAAGAAGAAAAAAGUAUAUUAAGAUGACAUUUUGUGCUUUUCUUCCUCCAAACAAUUCCCACCAUAAACUGAGCUGCUUACACCUGCAAAGUUUUAGGAAAAUUAAUUUUAUUUUUAGAUUUGCAGAGUUUCUGCAGCUAAAACCAAUAACUACAACAAUUAACAACAUUUAAAAGUUUUAGAUACUUUCUCUUGGUGGUUAUUAAUAAUUGAACAAAAGGAGUUUUAGAGUUGGGUUCAGAAAAAAAAUAAUAAAUUCAAAAUAUUAUGAGAAUAAAGUUGUAAUGACACAACUAGGAAAAUGAGGGGAAAAAAUUACAAAUGAGGAUAUUACUCCUCAAUACUCCAUCAAAUAUUUGUAGAAAUUUACUGAUCAGAAUUUUGUUGCCAAUUUCUAAAAUCCAUUUUUUUGUAAAGGUUUGAAGAAUUAAACUGAAUCGUGUUUCUUAUUAAUAAUUAUAAGACGAGAAGAUAUGAAAACAGUUUUUCUCUUUCCUGCUGUGAAAAGUUAUUAUUAGGUUAUGUCACAAAUUUCACUGAAAAGUUUUGUUACUUUGAAUUAACAAAUUAGUUGGUUUCUUAUUAGCAAUUAGCAGAAUUACUCAGGAUUACAUAAGAAUAUUGUGGGAAACUUUGAGAUUCCCAAAUCCAGAAAAUGUCCCUGCAGAAAUGUUUUUAAAAAGUGUUCAGCCUUCCUGUUGUCAAAGUCCUGCUCUCUCUCACUUUCUAGCAGCAAAUUGCAGAUAUUUCUAUUCUUAUAAAUGGAACCUUAUUGUUUCCUCUGACUUAAUUUGAAACAAAUUACACUCAGGUCUUUAAGUUUUCUUCCUUCAGUGACAACUUCCACACUGAAAAGUGGUGUCAUCAGCACCAUAUGUUUAUAGAUGAUGUGUUCGCUGACAGGAAAGGUGUUGGAUUUUCUGGCCACCAACUGAAAAACAUCAGAUUUAUGAAAUCAUUUUCUGGGGAGAAAUUUUAUUUUUCAAAUUCCAAAAACUAGAAAAUGUGUGAGAACAUUUUUGUUAUGUUUUCUUGUUUUUUUUGCACAAUUUGUGCAUAAAAAUUAAAUUAACAAACACAAAGAUUUAACCUGGUGGUUUGGUGGGAUUUGGUGGCAGGAAGAAAAGCAUCUUUUAGGAUCUACUUUCAUGUUUAGUAAGGAGGAUAUUUGUAUGAAGUCUGCAGGAUUAUUUCAAUAAUUCAGUUUAUUCUGCUGUGUGUUUCUUUUUGGUUCAUUCCAAAUCCAAGCUUUUAUUGUCUGUUUGACGUAAACAAAUUAAAAUUAAAAUAUUUGAAAGAAAAUGUGGUGCUUUAGUGUUUGACAACCCAGCUGUAGCUGCGUUUCCAUUACAAAUGUGUGCAAAACUUUGCCAAUAUUCAGCAAAUAUUGAAAAAAAUUAUAUAUAAAUUUUGCGAUUGAAAUGCUUAAAUUAAAUAAGAAAUGCAAUGAAAUCCCACAAUAACACUUCCUGUUAUCGUCGUCUUUGUGUUUUCCGGCAGUAGAAACAUCCUGUUGUUGAUCAUGUGAUUCAUAUGUGAAUUGGAAUCACAUAUGCAGUUUUAUGAAAUACAUUAAUUUCUGUAAAACCACCUAAUUUUAGUGCAAAACCUUUUGUUCAAAUAAUAAUUUUUUUUUUUGGGCUUGUUUCCAUUAAGCAAAUUUAUUUUCGAAAUGUCAAAUUGUGCAUUUAUCUGGUCAAUGGAAACACAGCUAUUGUCGCAGAAAACUUAAGUUUCUAUGAACGUUUUUAUUUUUUAUGUUAAACACAAGUUUCUCUCUGUGUUGAAGUUUUUAAGUGCGUUUCUGUUUAUUUUUAUAAUGGUUUCUCUCCUCUUCGUGGCUGCAGGUUCCUGAGGGCUGCAGAGUGGCCGGGCGAUUUGAUUGGCUGGUGGAGGGCUCACGCUGAUAAUGAUUGGUGGAGGCUGGGAGGGGCGGGGAGAAGGAGGCCCUGCAUGUUUCUGUGUUUUCCAUAAUCAGCAGAAAGUCAGAGAGGUUUCAUUAACGACGCCAUCUUUGUUUUCGUUCAGUUGCAUCCUGAUUCGCUCUCACAGUUCGUCUUUUAACGCAUCAGCAUGAAAUUACGAGACGGGUGAUCAAAUGGACUGAGUCUCUGUCGAAGCUUUUUUCUCAUUAAAACAGCUUUUAUUUUGUAAUUUUACAACUGGAAUUGAGCUGAAAGUGCAGAAACAUUUAAAAAAACGAGCUGCGCCACCUUUAAAACAUAGAGCAGCGUUUGUACGUUUCUGAUCGACCUUUCCUCUGACAGGCCAAAAAUAACCAGAGUCUCCUCUGUACAGGAGAAGAUCAGGAUCACUGAAAGAAAUUAUUCUGAAUUUAAUCUCAGAAUUCUGAAUUUAAUGUCAAGAUCCUGAGAUUAAAUUCAGAAUGAUAAUAAUUAUUUUUGUAGUGGCCCUAAUCUUCUUCUGUAUAUCUGACUAUUUAGCAGAGAGCCAUGUUGAAUCCCAGCAGCGCCCGGACUUUGUUUGAGCCGUCUCGGUCUGUUUGCUAACACCAUCAGUGCUGCUGUGCUCCAUCUGUCUCCUGUCGUCAUCUGUGCUCUGUUGGUGAUGUCUGCCUGCCUGCCUGCCUGAGCCACUCUGCUCCUCAUGCCUGCCUUCAUCCUCACCAAGUCGCAUGUUUUUGACGCCAUUUUUGAUGUUUCCGUUAAUCGCCACGUUGUCAUGUCCUAAUGAAGCAUGAUUUAUUAAAUGUUUGUAACUUCUCAGACAUCAUUAGACAGACAGCAGGACUCAGGUGAAAACCCAACCUUCCUCCUCCUCCUCUUCCUCUCUGUCUUUGCCUUUCCCUUCUCGGAUGUCGUUGCUCCAGUCGACCAGCAGGGGGCGGCCUUUCCUUCGCCGGAGCAGCUGGACUUCAGCCUUAGAAAACCUUCAUGUUGUUUUUGUCGUUGACAAAUUUUUACACACUACAUUUCCCAUCAGCCACCUGGCUUCAGCUUUCGCCCUCCUGGACUCUCAGCAUCAGUUUGUUUGUGAAUGUUUCGACACGCGCAUCAUGUACGGAAAGCCAAGUAGGCCAAAAAUCCGUCCGUGUUACAUGCGUCAUGCUCUUUUUUUUUAAUCUGUUGAAUUAUUUGUACAUAUAAACAUCUGUGUCAUGCUGAAUGUGUUUCCACGGUGAUUGUGUUGUUCCUUGGAGGUUACACGGUUUGAAGAGAUGCACUUUGCCCUGAAACAGCGUUUGAACCUGAUGAAUGAAUGAAUGAAGUGAUUUUUGUUCUUUUGAAUAACCACUAGGCAAACAAAAGAAAUACUUGUUUUGUACUCUUUUUAUUCAAAACACUUUAUUUUUGCAUGAUUUGUUUAGAUCUUUGAUUCAUGACGUCUGAGACACGAAUGAAGGCUUCAGGCGUUUGAGGAAUAAUCUCCAGCCAGCAGCCGGCCGUGAUUCUGUUUCUAUGACGAAGCUGUGAAAUGUGCAUUAUGACCCUGUAGAUGUUCUAACUCCAACCUUCUUAUUUUUGUCACUUCACAGCCUCCGUAUCUCUAAUCAGGGCUUAAAUUAGCUUCUCUGUUGCCUUUAUGCAAACUUUAACCUUUCUUCAACAUUUAAGUAAAUCAGCCUGGAAAUCAUUUUACAAUAUUCUUCUGACUUUUCGCAGAAUGAAGCGAAUUACAAAUGUCAGUUUCUGCAGCCGGAUGGAUUAAUUUAAUGCAUAUUGUUGCAACUUAAGCAAUAACUUUGUGUUUCCUUACUUACUUUGUACACUUAAAGUAUGUAACUUGCAUUAAUUUUUUUAUUUUUUUCCAUAUUUGUUCAAACUGUUAUGUUCUGACAGUUUGAGACAGAUGAUCUGUAAAAACAUCAACCUCCUCCCUGAACUGCUACUGCCGUCUGAAGAAAUUCACCAAAAACAACCAAUCAGAGCCAGGAGGCGGGACGUAGCGCUGUCAAUCAACUCAUGUACUCGCUGAUCAAUGUGCUAAUGGCAAAGAAACAAGUAGGAGGAAAACUAUCAGGAAGAAGCUGUAAGGUAGCAGAGCGUAAGGGCUGUGAUUGACAGCAAUAAGCCCCACCUCCUGAUUCUGAUUGGUUGUUCCUAGUUGGCACUGGGAGAAAACAGGAACUCAAUUUUUUUUCAGUUUUUCUGUCUCAUAAAACUGUCACAACAUGUAAUAGAAUAUUUUUCAUAAAAUUUAAGACACUUCAUCUUUUAGCUCAAAGUUUUUCACGCCCCUGUCAAGUUAGCAUCUCGAUUCAUCAAGACAUUUGUCUUAAAUCAUAGGGAAAAAAAGUUUUUAGUUUAUAUGUAUUAAAAAAGUACAUUAUGCUAAAUAUUUAUGCCCUUGUCAAAAAUGAGUGGAAAAAAAUGAAACAUUGCAGGGUUUUUUUUUAGUAAUGAUUUCAUGAACUUUGGGAGGUCAGCGUUUGCCCCAAACAAAGAUGGACGACUUUGAAAUUUUGUUGGGAUACUUGGCAACUUUUCAGGCAAAUUGGUACAAAAUCUGAAUCAUCAGGCCAGAAAACUGCAAUCGGUGCAUUUCUAGUUUCAACUUCGAUUAUCUUUAAAGUUGGAUGUCCUCCGUAUCAUCACCCUAAUCUUUAGCUCCCUCCACAGACACCGUAGUUAGGACACUAAAACCCACUACUGCCUGCUAGAAGCCUGCAGUGAAACCUGCUCUCCUAAGUCAUUUUUAAAACUUUUGUGUUUUAAUAUCUUAUAAAACAUUCCUGACCUAAAUGUCUUCCAACUGUUCGCAAAACAAUUAAGUCCAAAGAUUUCCAAGUUUUUGUUGUGUGAAAGAAAAAAAAAAGAAGCAGGAAAUAUUCUUCAUAAAAACCUGAAAGAAGAAAAUGUUGUUUUCUUUCUAGUGUUUUUGGAGAAACAUUAAAUUUUUGUUUCAAAGGUGUAAACUUACAGUAAGUUCUUGUACUGGAAGCCACUGUGAUCGUGAUCCUGCAAUAAACCCGACAAAUUCUC